UCUUCUCUAACCAUUCAUCUGAUGAAGUUUAUUAUUAUAAUUUAUUUUAUUAAAAUAAUAAAUUAAAUUAAUCAUGAACUGUAAUAAUUUAUGUGAUGAAGAUUUCCAAAACUCAGAAGCUUGGUUAGCUGAACAAAUCUUCUCACAACUUAAAGAUUUUAAUGCCAAAGAACAAAAAUGUGAUGUAGAAUUAAAAAAACAAAAUGAAGAGCAGAUGGAAAAUGAGUUAGGAAUUAUAAAUUCAGAUGUCCUUGAUUUGGGUACAAUGAAAAAUGUCAAUACAGUUCCUGAAGAACCACAGGAACAGGAAACACAACAGGAACCACAAAAUAACUCUCCAAAUUUGGAAAUUCCACAAAAACCAAAAUCCCCCGAUUUAUUGAAUCAAGAGAAAACCCAAAACUUUAUUAAAUUUAUUGAACCACCAUGUUUUUAUCCACAAAUUGUCAAAUGUGCCAACUGUAAUUGCGUUUUCGAAGGCAAUUCCUUUUACCAGCACAUCUGUGACUAUGACGAAGAUAACAAUUUGAUUGUUCCCGAGCCGACAGAGCAAUCUUCAGCUCCAUUUGAGCCUGGGCCAGUCGAACCACCGUGUGUGCGUUUGUUGCGUGAAAAUCAAAUCCGCAUUCGGCGGUUUCUAAAAGACGAACUAAAAUACGAUCUGAAUGCUACUGCCACUUCUGGGAAUACAACCCCCAAGAAGCAGGAUGGUCCACAUGAAUGUAAUUUGUGUGAGAGAAAAUUCGUUCACGCAUCUGGGCUCUUGCGUCAUAUGGAAAAGCACGCUUUAGAUCUGAUCCCAACAACAACAAAUGUACAAGUAAACAGCACUUAUCCUUCACCAAAUGGUCUUAAAGUGGUCAUUAAAUGCACAAUCUGUGGGAGAUUGUUUUUUGAAACCAAAACUGCUUUUAAACAUUUUUGUAUACAUUAUCCCGAUACUGUGGAAGGGGAGGUACUGGACAAGGCUGAAGAGUUUCCAUAUGAAAAUUAUCUAGAUGAUGCUGUAAAUCUAGUCAAUGAAGAAUUUUCAUUGAACCCAGAUAACAAACCUACGAUGCAUCUGAAGAUGGUCAUUCUCAGUUGUGUUUUGCAAUGUGAGUUUUGUGAUUUGAUCUUCUCUGAAGUUUCCUAUUUAUUCGCACACUCGGCUUGCCAUUCACCGAAUAGACAUUUUGAGUGUUCUUCAUGUGAGAUUCAAGUUGGUACUUCGAAGGAGAUUUUCAUGCAUUGGCAGGCAGAAUGUGUUUUCUCUCGAGAAAAUCUGAAACGAGGUUGCUGUUCGCAAAGAUAUUACGUUUGCAAUGUUUGUGAGAACAAAUUUGGAUCAUUGGAAAGUUUGCAUGAACAUAGAUAUACGGCUUAUCACUUUUUUCCAAGAGUUGAUAAAAAAUCAAAUUUGCUUUUGUUACCUUGCGAAUACUGUGAUCGUAUCUUCGAAUCGGCUGGCGAAAUAGUAGAUCAUUUUGAAGACAAACACUUUAAGAAGAAUAAACGUGAUACCACGGCUAAAUAUCGUCAGUAUUUAUGUGAUAUUUGUGGGAAGACUUAUACACAAUCGAGUCACUUGUGGCAACAUUUGAGAUUUCAUAAAGGUGUGAAACCAUUUGCAUGCAAAGAACCCGGAUGCUUCCGCAAGUUUACCAUACGUCCCGAUUUAAACGAUCACAUUCGUAAAUGCCACACUGGCGAACGUCCCUACCAUUGCUUAAUCUGUGGUAGGCGUUUCUUAACCGGAUCAGUAUUUUAUCAACAUCGCCUCAUCCAUCGAGGAGAACGUCGCUAUGGAUGCGAUGAAUGUGGAAAACGAUUCUAUCGCGCAGAUGCUUUAAAAAAUCAUCUUCGCAUUCACACUGGCGAAAAGCCUUAUAGUUGUUUAUUUUGUACAAAGAAUUUCCGACAGAGAGGUGAUCGUGAUAAACAUAUAAGAGCUCGUCACUCCAGUUUGGAUGCCAAUGCUCGUUUAAUGAUGCAAAUGCGUAAGAUGCAAUUAGAAGCAGCUGCUAGAGCUAAUACCAACAAUUCAACAACACCAGUUGAAGAGUUUUUGAUGUUGGGCAAUAUUCCUUUCCCAAAAAGCAUGUUUAAGCCAUUGUUACCAGACAUUGAUGGAACAACUAACGCUGCCGGUCUUGAAUGAAGAAGUCAAAGUUUUUUCUUCGUUUCAAAAUGUUUUUUUUUUUUUAAUUUUUACAUUUUAUUUACAUUAUUGCCUCGUUAAUUAUUAACUUAUAUAACUUAAUUUAUGUUAAUUCGUUUUCAAAUAUUGUUUGCCGUCCAGAUGUAACAAACCGUUUGUGCCUUACGUUGCUCCUGCAGUAUACCCAAGUGCCGGAGCAUUGUGAUUUUGUUUUGUGACUUCUUGUCGAGCAUCUUGUUAAUUUUUCGUGAUAUAUCACCUUGGGUAAUGAAGUUUUGUCCUGUUUUUUUUUUGUUAAAUGUUUUUGUGAUAAUUGAAUGAAUGAAUAAAUUGUUUGAAUGAUCUUACCUGGGAAA